UCAAUCAAUCAAUCAAUCAAUCAAUCAAAGGAAACAAAAUCAAGAACAAUCCCCAAGUACACUAACCUGAGUACACCUUUUCCCUUGAAUGUACCGUUCUCAGCCUAUCUUUUGUUCCUUUUCAGUGUUUGUGCAGCUUAUGUCAGACAUCUCUGACUCCAUGCUGAACUUGUGUGACCUUCAACCUGACAUCAAUUUCUGUCUGCCAAGAAACAUGGAGGACACAUAUGCUACGAUGGAAUCCUUUCUGUGGUCCUUGGGUACAACGGCUGUUCCUAUGGCGCCAAACUCUGGAGUAUGGGCCUCAGCUAGCGCGGGAAUCUUCGCUUUUCGAUGUCACGUGAUCUGGUCGCCUUUCCCAGAAGAGCUGAGUGAUGACGUAGCGACUGUGCGGCUUCCACAAAAUCUCGAGACAAAACUGGAAAAAGGAAGACUCGGUGUACUGCUCCAGAGUUACCCGGGAGACGGGGGACGUUAUGAGCACCAGAUCUUGGAUGUGACCGACAACAGCCGGACUGCGUUUGUCAGGAUGGUCACCGAGCAACGCACCGACCUCGUGUUGGACCCCGGCGAGACGUUUCAGGUCACCUUCAAACCAUUUGACGACUCUGAACUGGAUAGACCCAUGAAGAUGAACAUCACUGAGACAGACCAACAGCUGUUCUCUCUGUCCGUGGCUGGCACGGGCCGGACCACACUCGUCUUGGUCGUUGAUCUGAGGAAAGGUUACAACACGACGGUCGCUGAUGCUGACCAGACAACAACCGACACUGACCCGCUCUCCGCGUCAUCCAAGUUCCUCUGUACCUCCCCGUAUCUGACUGGGAAGAUGAUUCUAGUGAACGAGGUAGAGGAUGGGGAUGUGGACCCGGUGCAAUGUGUGACGGCAGGAGGGAAGAUAAUGGUUCACAUCGAGGACGCUGCUAGCAAAAUGGACAGACUGGAGUUUGUGGUUGUCUAUACCCUCGGGGAUGAGAACCAUGGAGAAUUAGAGAAACACCUGUCUACAAUUACAAAACGUUCGGUAUUUGGCAAUUUUUCAGUUGGUCAUCGUAAAGUCUCAUUCAAGAAAAGCUUUUCAUCGAGAACAGUUUCAUUGAGAAUAUGUUCGUCAACGAACGUUUCAUCGAUGAGCGUGUCUUCGUCGAACACGACAGGGAAGUCUUUCAAAUCGUCGGACACGGUGGAUAUCCACACGUAUUUCCUGGGCAUGAAAAGCUGGAGUAUCAGUGAGAUCAUGUGGGAAUCUCUUUCUGGCAUACUGGUGACAGACGUGGGCUCUGAAAACAGCGUCACUUUCACAGCAGACAUCUUCAGCUCUCUGGCUGUCAGCAGCCUCGUGAUCUCGCCAAACCCCAUUGACUUCGCAGACAUCGCCGCCAAUUUUUCCUCUUACCUAGAAGACAGUCCCCACGUCCUUGCUGCCAACUGUCUGAUCCUUUUGCUGUCGUUGCUGGUUGUUAUCUGGCUACGACGAAAGGACAAGGCUGACCAAAAGCUGUGGCGUUACCUCCCACUGGCUGACGACACCCCCUCUAACCGCUGGUUGUACGCCCUGUCUGUGCACACGGCGGUUGCCUCCCCUGACCGCUCGACGUGCACGCCCCACUGCAUGCUGGUCGGAGAGCGAGGAAGGACGAGCGCAAGGGUGUUGGUGGACAAUGUCCGACAGGAAGGACAAAAGAGAAGCCAUGGAAAAGUUGGCGAGGCAGAGGAGGCAGCUGCUAAAGGUGAACAAGGCAACGUAUACAAGAUCACAAGAAUAAUAUGUGGCAAGUACCACGGUGGAAUGAGUGGACCAAUCAAAGACAAGGCUGGCAAGCUGCUGACAAUCGAGAAGGAACAGGAAGCACGCUGGACAGAACACUUCAGGGAAGUCCUAAACCAACCUCCUCCUGAGGACACCCCAGACAUACAGGAACCUACCUUGGGUCUUGAUAUCAGCUCUGACCCACCACAGAAACAAGAGAUUGUAAAAGCUGUUAAGAGCAUGAAAACAAGAAAAUCUCCAGGAAUGGACAACCUGAAUGCUGAAUUGUUUAAAGUAGACCCAGAACUGACUGCCGCCAUUCUUCAACCUCUAUUCAAAACCAUAUGGGAGGGAGAACAGAUUCCCGAGGACUGGAGCACUGGAGUCAUUGUUAAAGUACCAAAGAAAGGAGCUCUUAGAGACUGCAACAACUGGAGAGGUAUCACGUUGUUAUCAGUCCCCAGCAAGAUCCUAGCCAAGAUUAUUAUUAAUCGGAUGUCGGAUGCCGUAGACAGCUGCUUAAGAAAAGAACAGGCAGGAUUCCGCAAAGAAAGAAGAUGCACAGAUCAGAUAUUUGCCCUCCGCAACAUAAUAGAACAGUGCACGGAAUGGCAGAGACACCUUUAUGUCAACUUCGUUGAUUUUGAAAAAGCAUUCGACAGUGUGCAUAGAGAAAGUCUUUGGUACAUUCUAUGA